ACCAUGACUUCACUUGGUUCUGAACUGAUCAGGCUCUGGGACUCAGGCAAAGAGAGAGAGUGUGCCAAGGAAGGAGGUCGUGUUUCCUCUCACUGUUUACCCUCCGGUCCAGAUUUUUCUUCAAAAGAAAUCUGAGUGGUCUGACAGGCUUUCUUAGUUAAGCUGUCUUCCUGAGUUUGUUUGGAGCCACCGCAUCAUGGAUAAAGAACUCCCUAAAGCCGCUCCCAGUGAGAGCACACUGAACAUCAAGGAGCCUGACAAAGCCUUCAAAUGCAAGAAGCCCACCAAAAACGUGCUGAUCUUUUUAAUCGACAGACAACGGGGCAGGCCCAGAAAUGACAUCGACCUGUCAAGGUGGAUAUGGAUGCCGUCAUAAAGCAACUCCAGGGUGAAAAUGGCCUUGGACAAAAAAUCGUGGGGCUUAUGUGCUGAGGCCUGCCCAAAAUAAACAUAAUCAGAACAAUAAAGUCAUCCCAUGUUUGAGCCAUUAAAAC